UAAGGUAGUUUUCUCUGCUCGCUGGGUUCAGGGGCGCACUCCCGCGGCUUCCCCAGCGGGUCGGGAGCCUGGGCAAAGGUGCGCCCAGGUGGCCAGGGUGCCAGGCGCAGCCAAGUCGCGGCAGACUGAGUCAGCUGCUCAACUAUGCUGCGGAACCAGGGCCGCCGGCUGGGCCACCCCCGCCGCUGAGUUCGGGCUUCCCCCGCGCCGGGUGCCGGCUUCCCACCCCCGCCACCCCGCGGAGAGGAAGCGGCCGAGGGGCGGUGCGGAGCCACCUGGGUUGGGCGCGGUUGGCGGGCGCGGCGCUUCCGGAGCUGCGCGGCGGCCCGCACUCCCCGCCUCCAGGUGCGGCGGCCCCGGCGCGCCGGCCCCAGUGACAGCGCCGCCCGCGCGGCCGCCGCCCGGCAGCUUUCGCGGUGCGGGUAGCCGGCGGGGACCGGGAAGGAGGAGGAGGAGAGGGCCUAGCGCCGGGGACGGGCACGCAGGGGACUGAAGGAGGCGCGCAGGGAGAGACACUGCGGCGCCGGCUCUCGCAGCCGCUGGGCUUCGCCUCCCUCCCCAGCUCGGGGGCCGCGCACAGGCGGGUACCCGGGGGCUCCCGGGACACUGGGGGGCGGGACCCCGGCGGGAAGAUAGUUUCUGGAUGAACCCGAGGUUUUCCGGCACUUUCCCAGGGUAAAUUUCCAGAGUACGAGCUGCUGGACUCUGGUUUCUGCCCCUUGGAUUUCACUCCCACGUGUGGGCGUCAGAAAGGAAACCAGAAGCCGGUGGGGACCAGGGACUUGAACCAUGGUCCUUGAGCAUUGUAAUAUGUACACGCUUAACCAGAUGUGACACUGCCUGGCCCCUCCACAGAUGUUUUUGGAACUAACCUUAUCAUGUUAUCACUUGCUUACUAAUGAAGAAAGUACUUGGCACACAAGUAUUUGUCUAAACACGCAGAGCAUUUACAGAGAAAAAGGUUUUGAAACUUUUUUUUUUUUUUUCUGCUGCAAGCAACUGAGGAAGAACUGAAACAGCAGUUCACUCUUCUGUGGGUCUCAUUAUACAGCUUUCUGUGACUCGGCUUAGUAAUGAAGCCACCAUUAUGUCCUCAGCCAGUGAAGUAAAUCUUGACAUUAAAGAUUUCCUCAUGAGCAUCAAUUUGGACCAGUAUGUCUUACACUUCCGAGACUUUGGUUUUAAUACUGUGAAAGAUUGUGUGACCAUAAAUGACAGCGUGCUGCACCAAAUUGGGAUAUCUCCAACAGGACACCGGAGGAGGAUACUUAAACAGUUACAGAUAAUCUUGUCAAAAAUGCAAGAUAUCCCAAUAUAUGCAAAUGUUCAUAAAAUGAAAAGUGACAAGACUCUGAAGGAUCCCCGUAUUCUGUCUUCUGAUCAGAAUACCUGCCUCCAACUUUUAGAUUCAAGUGGUAUUCAGACACCUAGUCCAGUGCAUUCGGACAGUGUUACAGAAAGUCUUGAUCCAGGUGAUAUUAGUGGGGAAAAUAGCCCAUCUCUUAAAUCAGAUGAUAAGUUUUUUCCUACACAUAACUUUCCAGUUCCAGAAGAACCACAUCUGAGUUUGGGAUCCUGUCAAGAUUCUUCAUUGGAUAGUAAAAACAUUAAAGUAGAAUCUUUGACUACAGAGAAGAAUGUGAAUUGCACAACUGAAGAACAGAGGGGAAACAUUGAUUUUAUCUCAGAAAACACAAGCCAGGAUUCUAGUGCAGACCCACAUUGUUUUUCUUCCUUUGGCUGUCCAAAAUCAGAAGGAAAUUCUGGAAGUGGAACCAAUGGGUUACUAGAAAGCACCUCAACACCUCCGUUCUUUCAGUUUCAAGGAGAAAUGGUUGUAAAUGAUUUGUAUGUCCCGUCAUCCCCGAUUUUAACACCUAUGAGAAGUCGGAGUAAGUUGGUUUCAAGACCAUCUCGAUCUUUUCUGCUUAGACAUCGACCUGUGCCCGAGAUUCCAGGGUCAACCAAAGGAACUUCAGGGAGCUAUUUCCGUGAGAGAAGAAAUGGUGCUACCUCAGCUGGAAAACCUGUGACGCAGCAAAAUUCAAAUGAGGAGAAUUCAUCUUCCAUCUUUCCUUAUGGAGAGACCUUUCUCUUCCAGAGACUAGAAAAUUCAAAGAAGAGAUGUAUAAAGAAUGAAUUUUGGACCCAUGAUGAACCUCUCAAAGGGGAAGCAACUACUGAAAGGAACUCUUUCAUUGUCAAGUCAAGCAUAUAUGAUAACAGGCAGGAGAGUAUCAGUGAAGACAAAGUGGAAGAUAUUUGGAUACCUCGAGAAGACAAAAACAAUAUCCCAGUGGAAUCGACUUCUGAAUCCGAAUAUUCAACAGUAGAAGAAUGUUUUCAAAGUUUAAGAAGAAAAAACUCGAAGUCAUCGAAAUCUAGGACUCAGAAAUCUUUGAAUGUGGACCCUGUUAACAGGCACACUUAUCCUUUAAGCUCAACGAGUGGAAAUGCCGACUCUUCAGUUAUUUCCUCAAACGCCAUAUCUCCGUAUGCCUGCUUUUAUGGAUCAUCUGCAAGAAAGGUUAAAUCAGGAUGGCUGGACAAACUCUCUCCUCAAGGAAAACGCAUGUUUCAGAAGAGAUGGGUGAAAUUUGAUGGACUGAGCGUUUCUUAUUACAAUAAUGAAAAGGAGAAGUAUUCAAAAGGAAUAAUUCCCCUUUCUGCUAUAUCUUCGGUACGAGUUCAAGGAGACAACAAAUUUGAAGUUAUUACAACACAAAGAACUUUUGUUUUUAGAGCCGAAAAAGAAGAGGAGAGAAAUGACUGGAUCAGCAUACUGUUAAAUGCACUGAAAUCGCAAUCCCUUUCCUCGCAGUCUCAAGCAGCUCUUGUUCCUGACAAAUGUGGUAAUCUAGAAUUGAGAGGAUAUAAGGCCAAGAUUUAUACGGUUUUAAGUGGAAACAGUGUGUGGCUUUGCAAGAAUGAACAGGAUUUUAAGAGUGGACUUGGCAUUACCAUUAUUCCCAUGAAUGUGGCAAAUGUAAAGCAAGUGGACCGAUCUGCAAAACAAUCUUUUGAAAUAAUCACUCCUUAUCGGAGUUUUAGCUUUACAGCGGAAUCUGAAAAAGAAAAACAAGAGUGGAUUGAAGCUGUGCAGCAAUCGAUCGCAGAAACUCUCUCUGAUUAUGAAGUAGCUGAGAAGAUUUGGUUCAAUGAGUCCAACAGGAGCUGUGCAGAUUGUAAAGGGCCAGAUCCUGACUGGGCAUCCAUCAAUCUCUGUGUUGUCAUCUGUAAGAAGUGUGCAGGACAACAUAGAUCUUUAGGACCAAAAGAUUCCAAGGUGAGAAGUCUGAAAAUGGAUGCCAGCAUUUGGAGCAAUGAACUCAUAGAACUUUUUAUUGUCAUUGGAAACAAAAGAGCAAAUGACUUUUGGGCUGGCAAUCUUAAAAAAGAUGAAGAAUUACACAUGGACUCACCAGUAGAAAAGAGAAAAAAAUUUAUUACACAGAAGUACAAAGAAGGAAGAUUCAGAAAGACCCUUUUGGCCUCUCUCACUAAAGAAGAACUGAAUAAGGCUCUGUGUGCUGCUGUAGUGAAACCAGAUGUUCUGGAAACAAUGGCUUUGCUCUUCAGUGGCGCUGAUGUUAUGUGUGCAACUGGAGACCCUAUGCACAGCACCCCUUAUCUGUUGGCCAAGAAGGCUGGGCAGAGCCUGCAAAUGGAAUUUCUCUACCAUAACAAAUUCUCAGAUUUCCCUCAACAUGACAUUCAUUGUGAAGGUGGAUUAAAUCAAGAGUCUCCCCAGUCCACAUUCCUCUGUGACUUUUUGUAUCAGUCUCCUUCUGCUGCUCCUAAGCUCUCUUCAGAAAAAAAAGUGCUUGAAGAGACAAAUAAAAAGUGGUGUGUUUUGGAAGGAGGCUUCUUGAGUUAUUAUGAAAAUGAUAAGUCUACCACACCUAAUGGCACCAUUAAUAUCAAUGAAGUUGUCUGCCUAGCUGUCCACAAGGAAGACUUCUGUUUAAAUACUGGGCCCAUCUUUACCUUUGAAAUCUAUUUGCCCUCAGAACGUGCAUUUUUAUUUGGUGCUGAAACAUCGCAAACUCAAAGAAAAUGGACAGAGGCGAUAGUCAAGCAUUUUGUUCCCUUUGUUGCUGAAAACUUAACAGAAGCUGACUAUAAUUUGAUUGGUCAACUCUACUAUAAAGACUGUCAUGCACUGGAUCAGUGGAGAAAAGGCUGGUUUGCUAUGCACAAAUCUAGUUUGCAUUUUUGCCUUCAAAUGCAAGAAGUACAAGAAGAUAGAAUGCAUUUGAGACGACUGCAGGAGCUAACAAUCAGCACAAUGGUUCAAAAUGGGGAAAAAGUGGAUGUUUUGCUCUUGGUAGAAAAAGGAAGUGCUUUGAAACUUUCCAGAACAUUAUACAUCCAUGGGCAUACCAAGUUGGAUUUCACAGUCUGGCAUACCGCAAUUGAAAAAGCAGCAGGUACAGAUGGCGAUGCAUUACGAGAUCAGCAGCUCAGCAAAAAUGACGUUCCCAUUAUUGUGAACAGCUGUAUAGCAUUUGUUACACAGUAUGGCUUAGGAUGCAAAUAUAUCUAUCAGAAGACUGGUGAUCCACUGCACAUAAAUGAACUUCUGGAAAGUUUCAAAAAGGAUGCAAGAAGUUUUAAAUUGAGGGCUGGAAAACAUCAGCUUGAUGAUGUGACAAGCGUGCUGAAAAAAUUUCUUAACGACAUUGAUGAUGCACUUUUAACUAAGGAGCUCUAUCCAUAUUGGAUCUCUGCUUUAGAUACCCAGGAUGAUAAAGAAAGAAUGAAAAAAUACAGCGCUUUCAUCCGUACCCUCCCAGGGGUGAAUCGAGCAACACUGGCAGCUGUAAUUGAACACCUUUACAGGGUUCAGAAAUGCUCAGAAAUCAACCACAUGAAUGCACAUAAUUUGGCCUUGGUCUUUUCAUCCUGCUUGUUUCAAACUAAGGGACAAACUAGUGAAGAAGUGAAUGUAAUUGAGGACUUAAUUAACAAUUAUGUUGAGAUAUUUGAGGUUAAAGAAGACCAAGUCAAACAAAUGGACAUAGAAAAUAGCUUUAUUACCAAGUGGAAAGACACUCAAGUUUCUCAGGCUGGAGAUUUGUUAAUUGAAGUGUAUGUAGAAAGGAAGGAACCUGACUGUAGUAUUAUAAUUCGGAUAUCUCCUGUCAUGGAAGCAGAAGAAUUAACUAAUGACAUAUUAGCAAUAAAAAAUAUCAUUCCUUCGAAAGAUGACAUCUGGGCCACUUUUGAAGUCAUUGAAAAUGAAGAGCUAGAGCGCCCUCUUCACUACACAGAAAAUGUGUUGGAACAGGUACUUCGGUGGAGUUCAUUAUCUGAACCUGGCUCUGCUUAUCUUGUGGUGAAGAGAUUCUUAACCAUUGACACAAUUAGACGACAUAAUGAGCGGAGAGCCCAAGAAAGUAUCAAAGAGGGAGUCUUGAAGAUCAAAGAAGAACCAUCUAAAAUACUGUCCGGAAAUAAGUUUCAAGACCGGUAUUUUGUUUUACGAGAUGGCUGUCUCUUUCUCUACAAGGAUCAGAAGAGUACUAAACAUGACAAAAUGUUUUCUCUCAACUCAAUGAAAUUUUUUCUUGGAGUGAAGAAGAAAAUGAAGCCUCCAACGAGUUGGGGACUGACUGCAUAUUUUGAAAAACAUCACUGGCACCUGUGUUGCGAUAGUUUACAAACUCAGACAGAGUGGAUGGCCAGCAUCUUUAUUGCUCAGCAUGAAAAUGAUAUAUGGCCACCAGCUGGAAAGGAGCGAAAACGUUCUAUAACCAAAAAUCCCAAAAUUGGAGGUUUGCCUCUAAUUCCCAUCCAGCAAGAAAGAAAUGCAUCUCAAGCCCGGAGAAAUCUAGAGAGUACAAGAGCAGAACUAGACAGGCUGCGGUUGAGUGACAAGCAUUGUCCUGAGUAUGAGGACCAAACUUUAAAGGAGAAAGCUUCCUUGGUAGCCCACUGCCUAGAGCACAAGGAUGAUAAACUUCGAAAUCGAGCAAGGAAGCAUCGCAGCUUUAACUGUCUGGAGGACACUGAGGCGGAGGUCUUCUAUAGUCGCCACAAAGGCCUAAAGACAUUGAAGAAGACUGAGGACAAGAGCAACAGGACUACAUUGGACUCUGACAAUAAACUACCAUCAAAUGUUAUCGAAGAACUUAGUGCAGUUCUACAGCGAUCAAGAAUUCUUUCGAAAGAAUUACAGGGUGAGAAGAUCUUACAGAAAGAAAUAAAAUGAAUGGUCUCACAAAUUGCUUUUAUAAAAAAUACUGUGUACAUGCCAGAGUUACCUAGCUGUACUUACACAUUUAAUAAUACGUAUGUAUAUAUGUGAUAAGUGUAAUAUUAACUUUAUUUUGGUCUGAACCAAGCUUGUACAGUUCAAUUGUAUUAAUCUUAUGGAAGAAGGCAUUCGGUUACCUUGAGUGGUCACACUUUUAAGAUAGUUGUUUAAAUGCUGUAUUUAUGACCCGAAGUCUCAAACUGUAUUGUAUUAUAUAACUGUUGUUUAAAUGAAGCUAUAUGUAACACAUUUUGCACUUUGGGCAGUCUUGUAUAUUAAGUUAUCAUGUUUUUAGGUUUACAUAGAGUUCAUCCUUAUGGCAAAGAACAGAAUGUUAACUUGAAGGGGGGGGGUCUAUGUUAGUGGUGGCCUAUUAACCAACACUGGGGUUAAAAAGAGGAAAUGAACAAAUGUCUGAAAAAGCCAAGGUCAGUUAGGAUUCUUUAUAAUUCAUUAUUAACGAAAAGCUGUUUAAAAAAAAAAAGCCUACUGACUUAAGUAUUUUCCAAGAGUAAUGUUAGACAACCCCUGACUACUCCUUUGUUCAUGGUGAUAGUAAACCAACCACAAUGAAUAUUCACUACACUUGAGUCUCCUGUAGUGGCUGCUGAGAAGAAAUUAAAACAUCAUUGAAGUAACUACACACCGGACCUGGCAUGGAAGUCAUUUCUAUCAUCCCUAAAUGCAAACAUUUUUUUUUUCUAAUAGUUCCUCCCUGUUCUUUUGGUACGAACAAAAUCCAUUAUGUGACUUGUCAUUUUUUAUUGUUUUAUGUUGUUUUUCCACAUCUUAUUUUAAAUAAGGUUGUAAAGUCUUUAUAGUGUCACAGUUAGCUGGAAGUGUCCAACAUAGGGCUAUUUUGCAGUGGGACAUAACUUAAUUCUAAUACACUUUAGGAUCUCAUCAGUGUUCACAUUUAAUCUAGUCUUUUUGUUAUCCAAAGUAACAUUAGUUUACAACACUGUAUGUUUAUGAGUACAGUUUCACACCUCUUCAAAUGUAUGCUAUGAUGCCUUGUCAUAUCCACCAUAAAAAUACUAUUUUUUUAAAGUAAAGAAAUAGUUUCUUCCCUGGAAAAGUUUGGUUUUGUUUGUUUGUUUGUUUUGUUUAAACCUAAAGAUCAUCUACAGACUAAGUAGUUUUCCCAAUAUAAUCAAACAGUACUAUCUAAUUUCUUGAGGAUUUUAUCGGGCCUAGUGAAUUUUGAUUAAACGCUUUAUAAGUGACAGAACUUUAGUUCUAGCUUUUUUUCCCACAUCCCUGUUUUUUUUUCAAGUAUCUAAAAUAUUUCCAGAAUGUGUUGGCAUACAAAAUCCCACCCUGUAAGUCAGGAUAACCACAGUAUAGUAAUAUACAGUUAAAUGCUAUCAAGUUUUCCAUUGGAAAGUACUGAUCACUUUUAUUUGGUGGUGAUAAAAGUUUACCAUGAAUAUAUGAUAUUUAUUAUUUAAAUAUAAAUUGGAAAGUUUUUUAAGUGUAAAAACUGCUGGUCAGUUUAUAAAUUAGAUAGUACUAUUUAGGAACAUAUUUAGAGAAAAAACUAAAAUUAUUAUUACUUUUAAAUGACUUUUAUGAAACAUGAGUUUUAUCUGUCUAGUAUGAAUAUUUUUAAAACUUGAGCUUAAAAAUCAGAGCUCCAUUUCUUUUCCUGUACAGUUGUCCCAUUUUCAAGUGUAAAGGGCUAAUAAUGGCAUCUCAUAUUUUGAGUAAAAAAUUAAAAUUGUUUUACAAUUCCAUUUGAAUGUGACUGUCUUUCUCUUUUUUUUUGAAGUUCAAGAUUAUAGUUGUAGAAGUUCCUUAAAUAUUUAUAUUUAUAAUAUAUUUCAAAUUACCUGUUUUGUUUCAUUUUGUUUUUUCAAAUAUAUCAAUGUUCUACCUAAAUGAUGAAUAGAUUCAGACAUUUCUCAGAUUGGUGCUAAGCUUUCAUUUUUAUAGAUCUAAAAUUAAAUAGAUAAUGACUUUUUAAUAUUUACUUUUAAAUAAAUCAUUACCUGAUGAGUUACCAAAAUUACCCUGAAAAUUCAAAACUAAGAAAAAGAUGAUUUCUGUAGAUUACUAGUAGCUGAAAAUUUUUAUUUCUAAAAUAUAACAUUGUGUAUUGCAAGAAGAAAUGCUUUUGGAAAUGUAUACAUGGUGAUGCCUGGGAUUGGACCUAGAGCCUUGGGCCUUUCUGCUACUCCCACACCCUCCAGAUAAAAGUCUUAGAUGUAAACCUUAUUUACUUCUACAUCUCAAUGUAAUUUAUCUUAAUUUUGAUGAUGUGUGCACUUAACCAGGUAUGCCACCACCUGGCCCCUUUAUUUUAAUUUUGUUGAAAUGUUUUAAGUUAUAUAUUCCAAUACUCCAUAGUAUGGCUGCUGAAUGUAAAGUUUAAUAAUUCAAAACUUCUACAUACUUAAGACACUGUAUUCAAAAUCAAAAAUUAUUCAUCUGAGAAAUGAGAAUAUUACCUAUCUUGCCAGCUUUUUGAGAUUACUCAUGUACAUGUCACCUACCUAGCCCAUAAUAGAAGUUCAAUAAAUGUUACUAAAAAUA